AUGCGAGCGGUUCGCGCGUGCGCAGAUAUUCCGGCGCGUGGUGGAGGAGCCCUCGGAGGCGGGCGUGGUGGAGGCGCGCGUGGCGGCGCUGGUGGCGCGCGCCACGCUGGCCACGCAGCGCGCCGUGUCGCGCGCCCUCUUCGCCCGCCACCGGCUCGCGCUGGCGCUGCUGCUCGCCGCCGCGGUGCAGCUGCACUCGGCCGCCCUGCCGCCGCGCCACUGGCACUUCCUACUGCACGGGCCCACCGCCGCGCACUCGGUACCGCCGCCACCACUGCCACCACUGCCACAUUGGCAUCACGCGCCUCUUAUCUGUUUGGCACGCAUUGGCAGGCCGUCGCCAAGAAGCCGGCCGUGGAGGCGCUCACGGAGGCGAUGUGGCUCUCGGUGCAACAUUUGCACGCCGCCGAGCCCUCCUUCGCCGGCCUGCCGGACGACUGCCUCGUCCGGAUUCCGAUCACGCUCGGAGACCUCGCACUGGACAUCCACGUGGACAAGAGCGACGCGAGGGCACCAAAGGUCGAUUGGGACGCCCGUCUCUCGCCCUUCGAAAAGCUGAUGCUCAUCAAAAGUCUAAUGGAGGAGAAACUAGUCUUCGCCAUCACCCAAUACGUGGCGCUAAGUUUGGGUCCAGCGUUCAUCGAGAGUCCUCCCGUCCACCUGCCAGUUCUG